AUGGCAACAUUAACUGCAAAUGCCAUAACAGACAUUCUUGCAGGCAUGUCUCUUGUUGACCCGUCUUUACAAGUUACAGCAAUACAUUCCAUUCAACAACCUCAUUCUACAAAUGUCAAAUAUCGCCUACAACUCUCUGAUGGUAUGCACACCCAUCCAACAUUGCUUCCUGACCAAAUGAACAGUCUUGUUCUAGAAGAAGCUUUAGUCACGGGUUCUAUUCUCUGCCUUACAGAAUAUUCUUGCAAGAUAUUCGACAAAUACACGGCUAUUAUAAUUCUUAGCUUCGACAUAAUUUCAAAUAAUGCAGCUAUCAUUGGAUCUCCAACUCCACUCCUACAAGCUAUUGCCUACCUUCCAUCAAAUAGUUCUGAAGACCCAUUGAACCCUUUCCCAAUUAUUCCCAUUAAAACAUUGACCCCAUAUCACAAACAAUGGUCCAUUCAAGGUCGAGCAUUAGCAAAAACCCCUAUUCACAAUUUCAAAAAUGUAGGACGUGAUGGGAAAGUUUUUGGAUUUGAUUUUGUAGACAUGUUAGGAUCUGAAAUACAUGUAGUGAACAAAAAAAAAUGUAAGAAAAAAGUUGUGCAAAGUUCACCCAACACAUUCCAAUGCCCAAAGUGUUCUACUGAUCUCUCUGAAUGCGAUUUUAGCUACAUGCUUAAAAUGGACUUGCAAGAUGAAACAGGUGAGCUUCUUAAAGUUACUGCAUUCGAAGGACCAUCAAAUACCUUGUUGGGUGUUCCUGCAAAAGAUUUCCAGCUACUUCUAGCAGAACCUAAUGCUGUGGAACCUAUAUUGAGCAAUGUUAUUGAUUGCAAAUUUUUCUUUGAUCUCAACAUCAAAAUGGUUCCAUUUGCUGGCCAAGAAACACAAAGCAUUGUUAUUACAGCCAUUAAGCCUACCUAA